CUCUCUUGCCCGAAAGGAAGAUGGCGGCAGCCUGAAGCGGAGGAAGAAAUCAGCUGAGGAGAAGCGACGGUUGGGGUAUUCCGCGACCUGCUUUUCUCCUCAUGCACGGUCGGGAUGCUCUGCUCGAGCGGCUUUUUCCGCGGCGUCGAAUGUCCCUACGGGCCGGCCUGCGGGAGGCCCUACUGCCACUUCAGACACCCGCCUGGGGCCCAACACGCCACCGAUGGCCCUACGCCGUCUCGACGCCUCUUGGGCCUGUCUGGUCCCGGCAGACGCCCUGCCACAGUCGGAGGGUGUGGUUAUGACCCCUACAACCCAGAGCUUCCCAAACCUGUGGCACAAGCCAGCAAUGGCACUUUGGAAAAUAUUGUCCAGUCAACCUCUGGAAUUCUGGAGCUUGAGCUGUUUGACAAGGCUAUUGAAGCUGCCAAGAAUGAAGUUGAGCGUGAGCAAAAGAAGUAUGAGGAGCUGUUGGAGACAACUAAAGAGUAUGGCUCAUCUGAGCCCCCUUUACUUGCUUCUAAAGCUGCUGCAUUAGCAACAUCCGACUCAUUCACUUCUCUGGAAUACAGCCCAGGUAGUUACAAUGCAAGCAGUGAUACUGAUUACAAUCCUACUCCUCUUGCAGUGGCUGCUGCUAGUCAGUCUAGCAAAUAUACUUUGGACUCCUUCAACAAUAUGAAAUGCAAGGGCAACUCACUGGAAUAUAUUCCCACUAUGGUCACUCAGCCGAAGAAGUACAGCAGCCCUGUUGUAAAUAGCAAAUACAUAAUUGACAACUCCAAGCCUUCAACAGAUUUAGAGUAUGACCCUCUUUCAAAUUAUUCUGCCAGGCUAUUGAACAAAGCUAAAGAACAGAAGGGGACCAAGAGGAAGAGAGAAGAUGAUCAUGAGGAGGCAUAUUCUCCUUCAUUCAAGAAACAUUGUGAUACAGCUAGCAGUGAUGAGCCAAUUGCCAGGUUCUCUGAUUCAGAGGAUGAAUGCCAAGAAGCUUCCAUCAUCCCCCUUAAAUCUAAAGGAGAUUCAGAAAGCAAAUUGGCUGUUGCCAAAGAAAAGGGAACCCCACAAAUAGAUGGUAGUUCUCGACAAAUGAAAGAGACUGCUGUACAGUAUGACAUGGGAGACAUUGAGUGUCCUCAGAGAACUGUUGUCAAAGAUGUACUGGAGAAAAAUGCCAAGUUGGUCAAAGUGCCUUCUAGCAAGGAUGCAAAAGCAAAAGAAAAGAACAAAGGGGCACCAAAGGAUAAGCUGAGAAAGAAAAAGGAUGAUGACCACAAGGCACAGGGUAAGAAAAAUCUAGAUAAAACAGGAGACAAGGAGAAGAUAGAUGUGAAGACACAGCACAAAAAUGGGGAAAGGAGUAAGGAGAAACGAAGCAAGUCCUAUAUCGAUGGGCAUGUGCAGAAGCUCAAUAAACCAAAAUCUGUGAUGGCACCUGGAAUUGAGAAUUCUGGCAAAAACAAAGAUGUUGGCAAAGUUUCUGCUACUGAAAAAUCAGGGGCUAGUAGGAAGGAUGGCAAAUCAAGGCCUGUUGAGUUGAAAAGGAAGCCCAAAAUCUCUAGUGGAAUGGAACAUGAUAAGAGAAAGGGCAAGCAGCCAGCCUUGAAAAGGUCUAAGGAAGCGUUGGCCAACUCCCUGGCCAAGGAGAAUUCUGGGGCCAAAUGCAAAGCUAAACAGCGGGCCCUGAGCCAUGUUGAUCUCUUUGGUGAUGAGAGUGGAGAUGAGCAGCAGGUGGGACAGCCUCUUCUUCCAUUCCCUGAUGUGAGUUCAGACUCAGACAGAGAUGAUGCUGACUUAUCUUUGCCCUCGGACAAUGGGGUAGCAAUUGUUAAUCAGCUUAAGUUGUCCCAGACUGCUGCUGCUGCUUCCUCCUCCUCUUCCUCCUCUGAUGAGAUUGAUUAUUCUAUCCUAGAGAAGGAUUUGGAUUUUGAGUCUGACCCGAUGGAGGAGUGCCUUCGGAUUUUUAAUGAAUCGAAUGAUGUCAAAACAGAAGACAAAGGCAGACUAGGAAAACAGCUGUCAAAAGAGGAAGGGGGUGAAGAAAAGUUGACAGAGGACAGUUUAACCACACUCUUUCCUGGGCAAAAAAGGAGGAUUUCUCAUGUAACAAAGCAAGGACAUGCUGAAGUCCCAAACAAGCCAGUGGUCCGGCCUUACCGUCCCCCAACUGCCCAAGAGGUCUGCUAUCAGAGGAUUCAGCUAGCUCAGAAGCAGGCAGUGCAGCUGGUACAACAGCAGCCACCAAAACUGCCGACCACACAGUUGCCUGUGGCAUCCCAAAGAGCUUCCCUGGUUAUGCACAAAGGAGAAAGGAAGCGAGUCGCUCAUGUGCCCAGUGCAGCUCUUUCUGCAGUCUCCAAGUGGGUUCCUGGAAAUCUUAAGAAGACCAUUCCACCUGCAAGUGUGGCAUCUUCCAAUGGUGUUGAUGCUCCAGUACUGAAAGCUCGAACACUCACUGGAAUGGCAUCUAAGACAACUACCACAAGUGUCCCAAAAAGGAUAGCACAUACUCCCACUCUGCAGAGCACCACCUUGAAAAGGCCAGUUAUUCCCACAGAGUUUGGUGCCAAAGUUCCCACCAACAUCCGUCAGAGGUAUCUCAACCUCUUCAUUGAUGAGUGCUUGAAGUUCUGCCCCUCGCAGCAGGAAGCAUUUGACAAGGCUCUUGCUGAGGAGAAGGUGGUGUAUGAGCGCAGCACUAGCCGCAACAUCUAUCUGAAUGUGGCAGUGAACACUUUGAAGAAGCUGAGGACUCUGUUGCCCAGCCCUUCUCAGGAUGUUCAGAAGACUAGCAACAGGAAAGUGGUUUCUCAUGAAGCUAUGCUAGGAGGGAAACUGGCAGCGAGGACCAGUUAUACACUUAAUCGUUCUACAAGCCUACGGCUAGAAGACCUGACAGGGGCUACCUUAUACCGAAGGUUCAAAGAAUAUGUGCUGACCGAGGAUGAGCUGAAGGAGCAUGGCUAUCCUUUACCGUGUCCCGAGAGACCUGGCCGUGCUGUUGUCUUUGCCACGGAAGAGAAGAAAUUGACUGAUGGCACUUGCAGAGUUUGCUGUCGGUGUGGCACACAGUACAUGGUGACACCCUCUGGAAAUUGUGUCCGUAAAGAAGAGUGCAUCCAUCACUGGGGGAGAUUGCGCAAGCAAAGGGUUCCAGGUGGCUGGGAAACACAUUAUAGCUGCUGUUCAGGAGCUGUGGGUUCACUCGGAUGCCAAGUUGCAAAACAACAUGUCCACGAUGGCCGGAAGGAAAAUCUGGAAGGUUUUGUGAAGACGUUUGAAAAGUUGCCUAGUGCAGAUGGCCAUCCUGGCAUCUACGCCUUAGAUUGUGAAAUGUGUUACACUAAGCAAGGUUUAGAGCUGACGCGAGUCACUGUGAUCAACUCAGACCUGAUAGUGGUCUAUGAUACCUUUGUCAAACCAGACUACAAAGUUGUGGAUUACAACACUCGGUUUUCGGGUGUGACCGAGGAAGAUCUGGAAGAUGUGUCCAUAACUCUUCGGGAUGUUCAGGCCGUUCUCUUGAGUAUGUUCAGCACAGACACUAUCCUAAUAGGACACAGUUUAGAAAGCGACUUGUUUGCACUAAAGCUUAUCCACUGCAUGGUGGUAGACACGGCAGUUGUCUUCCCGCACCGCCUGGGUUUGCCUUACAAGCGGGCAUUGCGUACCUUGAUGGCGGAUUACCUCAAGCGCAUCAUUCAGGAUAGUGUGGAAGGUCAUGACUCCAGUGAGGAUGCCCGAGCCUGUAUGGAGCUGAUGAUCUGGAAGAUCAAGGAAGAUGCAAAAGUGAAGCGAUGACCUGCCUCCAUGCUGCUGUUCUCCUUUGCAUUUUUUGUCACGGUGCAAUAAUAAAGCCUACAGAGACACACUCGUAGCCAGCAGCAGACCCUUCCCAGACUUUCCCCUCUCGGUUCACAGGUGUCCUGAGGAAUUGGGAGCAAGCAGCUCCUUCUGCUGGCAAAGCGACAGGCAGUGUCUACACUCCAGGCAUUGUGGUCAAGGUGAAAUGCAUUGUGACCCACAAAGGUCAGCCAUCCCCAUGGUGGAGAAAGGAUUGGAGAUAGACUUAUCGUAGAAGACUGGAAUAACUUCAAGAGGCACUGAGUUCCACUAUUCCCUCUUCCCCUGUCCUAUUUAUGGACUUUAAAAGCUAGCUUUUAAUUUACAUUUCUGAUUUAAUUUGGGGUCUUGCAGUUUGCCUUGGGCUGCAGGAAUGGCAGAGAAGGUGGUCAUGUCGCCUGGUCUGGCAGGGAAGCAAGCAGAAGAGAUGAUGAAGUGAUUGUGGUUUCGGGUUAGGAAGAGAAGCUAGGAGCAGAAUUGCACAUUUGGGAGGAAUCCUGGCUCAAGAAGCUGUACUGGACCAUAGGACCAGGAAAAGGAUAUGUGUGCAUUGUGGAGGAGGAUAUUGGCAGAAAAAUAAAGCUGUAGAACAUGAGGGAUUUCAGGCCUUGGGGCAUGGCUCCAGGGGCACUUCCUGCUUGUAUCUUGGCUGUCAGAGAGCAGAGACCGUCCCAGGUGACAGCUGGUACCAAACUGCAGGAAACAAUCCAGAUGGCUUGGUCUGGAUUGCUGGUAGCAUUUCAUUGAAACUGCUGAGGGCGGUAAACUGCCAACCGACCCUGUGUUCCUCCUUGCUCAGGAGUUUUUCAAGCUAGCUGCUGCUGCUGCCGCCUUCGGCUUGGGGUGGGACUUGUGCCCUUUCUGGCUUGAGGCUAGAUUCUGUUUUCUGUGUCAAGGAGGAAGAGGCAAGAUUGUGUUCAGCGCUGAACACAUUUUCAAAGGGCUCUUACUCAAACCGGGAGGGAGAGGUGAUGGGAAAAAUUCAUAACAUGUUCCCAAAUUCUCCUUCUGGUUAAACUUGAAUAUUUUGUAGUAUGUCCUUCCAGUGGUUUUUUUCCUUCCCAAAUGGCAUUUUGUAGUUGCCAGUUGAGCAGUACUGUACAAAGUCUCUUGAUUUGGCCACUGAGUUGUUAAAUAUAAAUGUAUGGAAUAAGUUCUAUUGCCCUGCGGAGAGCUCUCAAGCCUGCCUUGGGUGUUUUCUCACAGAGCAGUGCUAAUGUGCAAGAACCCUCCUAAUACAAUACAGACUUUUCUGUGCCUCUGAGCUGGGGAGCAGCCCCCCUUACCCAUUGUCUCGCCAAAGACAAUGGUCAUUUGGUGGGUUAGCUGAAGAGCUUUGUAGACAUUAAGCAACCCUGGUUGUGAAGGAAGAGUGUAGGCAAUUGACAUUUCCACUAAACAAUGGCUAGUUCUUUCCAUGGUCCUUUUGUUUUGUCAAAGGCCUUCUUUUUUUAUUCAACAGGCAUCUGAGGAGCACUCUUUAUUCCCCUUGUUCCAGGAGUCCAAAGCCCAUUGCUGGAGUUUGUGAAAGACAUCACUCGGGAGGGGUUUGGCUUGAAGCGAUGUAUUAUACGGUGUGUGUUGGGUAUCUGUGCCAGUGGUCUAACAAGCCUUUAAAAAAAAGUCUAGUUAGGGAUAUUGGGUGCUGUGUGAGUGACCAAUUCCCAGCAGUGACCUGCCUGUACUUGUCCCUUGAAGGGCUAUGUGUUUUGGGCAUGUCUGUGCAAGGGCCCCCUUUGGGCUCAAUCCUUCCCAACAUGACAGUUGGUGAAGAUGAUGUGUCACAGCAGCUAGGACCCAACCCAUAGACCACCUGCCCUUCAAAUUGGGGGUAUGCAAAUCCUGUCUGGUGGAAGAUGAGAAACUGUACGUCUCUCUUUUGACAGCACUGGGGCAGAGCCUUCCUAGUGCAUCUUAAGCCCCAUGUGGAUUUGGAAACCAAAAGGUGCACAAACCCGUCAACACUUUUCCUGGAAAAAGUGGGCAGGGUCUUCCCUGCAGAGCAUAUCACAUUUUGAAGCCCGGUGGGAGCAUUUUAAAAUGCUAGGAAAUACAUUUUCCUAUUAGGUCUAGGCAGUGAAUCCCACCUUGGAAUCUGGGUGAACAUUGCCAGAGUUCCCAUGGAAAUAGAGAGCAAGCGCAGCCAGCUGGUUUGCAAUGAGUGUGUGUUUUAUAGAUGUGGCAGAUAAAUAAAUAUGACAGACACAGGCAAAGCAGAACAUUAAGAACCCAUGAUUUGUUAUUAAAAAGACAGUGGUUGAAUCCACCUUCUGCCUCAGCUAUACGUGUGUUUACUUGGUAUAAGAGUAAAGGCAAUGUUUUUAGGGAAGGAAGAUCCUUGGGGUGAGCGGGUGACCUAUUUAACCAAAGGAACAUAUUUGCACUACAAGCUUGUACCAGGAUUAAUACUGAUUCAUCCGUCAUUCUUAGAGAGCUCAGAUGCUCCCUAACCUCCAAGAAUUCAAGUUCCCUGGGCACCAACAGGAUUGUUGAUCUCCUUCUUUUCCCUUUCUGCUAUCAUUUUGAUGUUUGCUGGUCACCAACUAGAGCCUGCCCUUUGCUCUUCCUCCACAGGCAAGAUUUAAAAUGACUUCCCUCUCUCAAGAGGUUUAGCACUUAGAACACAGUCCCCCCGACCCCCCCCCCCGAGGCCAACCCAGCCAUUCCGGGCUGCAACACUUCUCUGUUUGUAACACUGUACAGUAAUAAAGCUGUAGACUUUGUAUACGUACAUCUGUAUACCUGUUAAUACUGUUUUGUAUUUUUUUUUAAUAAAGCAAAAAAUGUGACAUCCCUACGUAGCAUGAUUGUAGGGGUGCAGGGCUAGGAUUUGGGAGGACUAUUUUAAAAGGGCAACUAGAAGCUUGUGCUUCAAACCCAAUUAGUUGCUUUCGAUAAACAUUUGGGACUUACUCCAGCUACUGAAGCUGCUUCUCCCCCUGAGUGUUAAGUCAGAAGUUAGAUUGUACAGUGCAACGCCAAGUAUGGAUUUGAAAUUUAAAGCAGUUAUGUUUGAUAGGAGACAUGGAGUGGGCCAAUGCAAGUUGCAUAUAUGCAGCUAAAAAAUCUGGGAAAGCAGAUGAAUUUGUGUACCUUGGGAGAAUGUUUGCUAAAGAAAAUGGAUUGAGGAAUUUUAAGAUGUGCAAAUACAGAUAGAAAGGUAGUGGGUAAUGUCUGCCCUCCUGCAAAUGAAUGUUGAAAGAAUCAAAAAAUGGCUGUGCGUACAAAUAUGUUUCUGUGGACUUGGUUAUAUGAAAAAGAAUUGGGUACAACAGAGAAACAGAAAACUUGAAUGCAUUGAAAGGUGGAUACUGAAGAAGUGUUGUGUAGUAAAACAAGAAGAGAGGGGGUCAAGAAUGAAGAGGUGCUGAAUGAUUGUGCAUUGCAUAGAAAAUUGGCCAGUAUGAAAGAAGUGGAGGUGGUUUGAUCAUUUAGAGAGAAUGAAUGAAAUCUGAACUCCAAAACACAGAUAUGAAGAAAGUGAAUGGGUAGAGAGGUAGGGGAAGAUAGAGGGAGAAAGUUGUGGUUGGAUGGAAUUGAUAAAAAAAAGAGAUGAGAAGUUUAGUGAACAAAAAGCAAUGUGUGAAGUGGCAUUUGGGUGUGGUGGAAGCAGUGAGUUUGUGAGAAUAGAAAGGUAUUUGGGCAUACAGUGAAUAGCGUUGGUUUCUUUUCUCUUCUUCUGCCUUUAGGAUUAUGAGGAUUACUUUUUCGCUUACUAUUCCUUACUCUUUUCUGUGCUGAGUGGGCCAUGUUGCAGGUGAGGGGUUCUCCGUUUCACCCAGAUUUGGGGAAAAUAUGGUUAUAAUGACACCCAGUGUUUCAAGCACCUGAACAUUGAAGAGAAGAGCCUCCUCACUGUUCACACUGAGGUCUUGAGCAAGAGACUGAAAAAGUGUGUAACGCAGCAGCCUGGGAGAUCAAUUGGGUUUGAAUGUAAAAGCAAUCCAGUUGCUGAUGUUUCUGUAAUGUCCUCCUAUCCUUUUUCAGUAGAUCUUGUUAAAAAAAACUCAGCGGAUCUUGCUUUCUGUUGGCAACAGCUUAACAGUGGCAUUUGGGAGGUGUAUGAAUGUGUUUUAAAUAGCUUAUACAACUGUUGUAUUGGGUUUCCCAUUUAACAACCAGAGGAAAUUGCUCCGCAUUUUUCAGCUGUUGUGCCUAUGAAAUUUGGCAGCAUGUCUAAGGGGAUUCUCAGGUGCUGGCCACAAAGUGCCUGUCCCUACUUUAAACAGUAAUAAACAUGAUCUCUGUACUUCCAAA